GAGUCGUAGUCCCGGCUGGCAGCGUCCGGAAGGACGGGAGGGCACGGGAGUGCAGCCCGCCCAUCUGGCUACUGGAGGUCACGUUCCCUAACUGAUCCCUUGGUUCUGUCGGGUGGAGCCUUCAGCGUGCACGGCGGGAUUUGACUUUGCCACCGUCUCUCUUGGGUUUCAAUAAAGUUUUCCUCUUCCUCUCCUCGUACGGAGUUCAAGAUGGCGGCCUCCUGGUCGCUCUUGGUUACCUUGCGCCCCUUAGCACAGAGCCCGCUGAGAGGGAGAUGUGUUGGGUGCGGGGCCCGGGCCGCCGCUCUCGCUCCUCUGGCCACCGCCCCUGGGAAGCCCCUUUGGAAAGCCUAUACAGUUCAGACAUCUGAGAGCAUGGCCCCAACUGCCACUUCAGAGACUUAUUUGAAAGCUUUGGCCGUUUGCCAUGGACCUCUGGACCACUAUGAUUUUCUGAUCAAAGCUCAUGAGCUAAAGGAUGAUGAACAUCAAAGAAGAGUCAUACAGUAUUUGCAGAAAUUACACGAGGACCUUAAAGGAUAUAAUAUAGAGGCAGAAGGCCUUUUUUCAAAGCUGUUUUCAAGGAGCAAACCUCCCAGGGGCCUGUAUGUUUAUGGAGAUGUUGGUACAGGAAAAACAAUGGUGAUGGACAUGUUUUAUGCUUAUGUGGAAAUGAAGAGGAAAAAACGGGUUCAUUUUCAUGGUUUCAUGCUAGAUGUGCACAAAAGAAUACAUCGCCUUAAACAGAGUUUGCCAAAAAGGAAACCAGGAUUCAUGGCUAAAUCAUAUGACCCAAUAGCUCCUAUAGCUCAAGAAAUCAGUGAAGAAGCAUGUCUCCUAUGUUUCGAUGAAUUUCAGGUCACUGACAUUGCUGAUGCCAUGAUUCUGAAACAGCUUUUUGAAAAUCUGUUCAAAAACGGGGUCGUCGUUGUGGCAACAUCCAACAGGCCACCGGAAGAUCUCUAUAAAAAUGGACUCCAAAGAGCUAACUUUGUACCAUUCAUAGCAGUCUUGAAGGAAUAUUGUAAUACAGUCCAGCUAGAUUCUGGGAUAGAUUACCGGAAAAGGGAACUUCCUGCUGCAGGAAAACUCUACUACCUCACAAGUGAAGCUGAUGUGGAGGCUGUCAUGGAUAAGUUGUUUGAUGAGCUGGCUCAGAAACAAAAUGAUUUAACUAGACCAAGGAUUCUAAAAGUGCAAGGCAGAGAGCUGCGCCUGAAUAAAGCCUGUGGAACCGUUGCCGACUGCACAUUUGAAGAGCUGUGUGAGAGACCACUUGGAGCCAGUGAUUAUUUGGAACUAUCAAAGAAUUUUGAUACAAUAUUUUUACGAAACAUUCCGCAAUUUACUCUGGCAAACAGGACUCAAGGUCGAAGAUUCAUAACUCUCAUCGAUAACUUUUAUGAUCUCAAGGUGCGUAUAAUUUGCUCUGCGUCGACUCCUAUAUCAAGCUUAUUUUUACAUCAACAUCAUGACAGUGAGUUGGAGCAAAGCAGAAUACUGAUGGAUGAUUUGGGGCUGAGCCAGGAUUCAGCAGAAGGACUCUCCAUGUUUACCGGAGAAGAGGAAAUCUUUGCAUUUCAGCGCACAAUUUCCCGACUCACAGAAAUGCAGACUGAACAGUACUGGAACGAAGGAGACAGAACCAAGAAGUAACUGUCACUUUCACAUAAAUAAAACUCUAGACAAAUGGUUAA